CCAGCAACUGCUUGGCUCUUGUGUUGUCAAACAUUUCUAAGUUACCGUUAGCUCGGUCAUUAGCCUGCCACUGAACCUGUGUCGUUUUAAACAUUUAGUCCAAAGUGUUUUUGAAGUUAUUCAGCAUGUCUGAAGUCAAGUAUCCACCGGAAAGCAUCUACAAUAUUCUUCCAAAAGAGGAAAGUCGUAUUGAAAAACAGCCAAGGUACAUGUCCAAGUUCAGGCCAGCUGUUGUUCAGGAGAGCAGGUUAACCAAAGAUGCAAUGAGAACGAUGGGACCAGCAAAAGUAGAAAUGCCAUCUACGGAUAAAUACCUGAAGAAGCAUUCAAAAGAAUCCAAACCUCUUGGAGCGACGGAGUGCUCUAAAGAUGCUCAUAAAACCUGCACCUGCACUGAGAAGAAACCACCAGUUCCUGCAAGGACUGACAACCCACUCAUGGGAAUCCACACCAAGAGGGACUUUAUAAAGACAGCUACUGCAGUGCCGAAGAAGCCACAACCUAUAUGUGUGGACACCAGCAAGGGACACAAGCAGCCUCUUGAAAACUCAGGACUUGUCCCCAAGUACAUCAAGAAAACGGAUUACGGUAAAAUACCUACAUACCUGCAGCAGCGCAAUGACGAAAAGCUGAGGGCUGAGGAGGAGUACAACAGGUUUGUAAAAGACCAGAGAGAGCAGGGAGCUCUGAGACGUCUGCCGGACGAGGAGCGACUAGCCGUCCUGGAGAACCUGAAGAAGGACUGGGAUAAGCUGCAUCAUGAGUAUCAGAGCCUCCCUCUCUUCAUUGAAACCAUGUCACAGAAGGCCCACAAGGUCCGGCUGGAAGAGGAAAUGAAGCAGCUGGAGAAGGACAUUAGCCUCUUCGAGAGGUUCAAAACCAUCUACGUAUCCAAACAUUAGGACAUUUAAUCCUCAGAAAUGAUCAAAUACACUGUACUGAAUGUCUUUACUUCCCCCUCAAGUGUGAACAUCAGAUAAAAUACUCAUCAUUUUAACUUAAAUUAUUGUCAAAUGAUUUUGGUGAUGUUAAUCGGGGGUAUACUCAUUUGUUUUAUGUUAAAUGGCAACGAGACUGCGAUAAAAUAUUGCAAGUCCAAAAGUAAUGUAAUGAGAGUCUGGCUAGUAGCUUAGACAUUUCACUGUGGAUCCAUGACACUCUUAGGUUUGCAACAAAUGUCAAUAAAAUAUUUGUAUUUA